AUGGAGUCAUUAUUUAAUAAUGUGAAAAGUAUGGCGUUGAAUGUUGGUGAGAUGUUAACACCAAUUUUGACAGAAUCCAAGUUUUUAGAAACAGGAGUUUUAACACCUGAAGAAUUUAUUAUUGCUGGUGACCAUCUCAUUCAUCAUUGUCCCACAUGGAUGUGGUCUACUCCUGCUGAUUCAUCAAAAAAAAAACCUUAUCUUCCACCUGAUAAACAAUAUUUAGUUUCAAGAAAUGUGCCUUGUUAUAGAAGAUGUAAAGAUAUUGAAUAUGAUCCAUCAUUAGAAAAAAUUUUGAAUGACACAGAAGAUAAUGACGAAGCUUGGGUUGACACUCAUCAUUACUCUAAUAAUGAUAUAACUAAAGUCACAAAACUUGAUAAAGAUGUAAUAAAAAAAUUACAAGAAGCACAAUUGGAAGAUGAUGAAGAAAUAGAUAAUAAAUUUGAUACAGUUAAAAAAAAAGAAGAUGAUACUGUUGGUGAUAUUAAUGAUGAAGAUGAUGAUGAAAUUGAAGAUCCUAAUGCUUAUGUACCAGGUAACGAUGAUUCAGAGGAUGAAGAAAAUGGUGGUGGCAUUGUUAAAACUAGAACUUAUGAUUUAAAUAUAACUUAUGACAAGUACUAUCAAGUUCCAAGACUAUGGUUAAUAGGAUAUAAUGAGAAUAAACAAUUAUUAACUGUUGAUGAAAUGAAUGAAGAUUUUUCACAAGACCAUCAAAAUAAAACAAUAACAUUUGAGUCUCAUCCAUUUUCUAAUCUUCAGAUGGCUUCAGUUCAUCCAUGUAGACAUGCUGAAGUAGUGAAAAAGAUUUGCCGUCAAAUGAUGGAAAAUGGAAAAGAAUUAAAUGUUAAUUUAUAUAUUAUUAUAUUUCUUAAAUUUAUGGCCGCAGUAAUACCAACAAUUGAAUAUGACUUUACGCAAACUAUUGAAAUGUAA